AUGGUGCAAAUUGAAAAUGAAGAGCAGCCAACAGAACCUUUUCUAGAAAGAUCGAUGGCAAUAGAGGCAGCUCCUCCAGAAGAAGAAGACAAAGACAUUGACAAACUAGUGGAAUCAUUAUUAUCCCAGCAUGUGAUUUAUGAGGGGAUACCGCUUGAUGUUAGACCAAUCCUCUCAAAGAUUCCCUAUAGCUUCAAAUCACGGUUGACUGUGAAUCGGGUUAAUGAGGCUCUGAGUAGAAUUAUUGUAGAUUACCCAGAACUGACUGCCGAAGCUGUUUGUCAUUGGGCCUAUGUUGCAGCUAGUGUCAUUAUUAUUGAACUUGGCUUGGAAAAACAAGGAAAAAAAAAAAUAAAAAUCAUACAAAACUUCCACGCUGGCAGAGAAGAUUGGAAAAUAAAAUAG